CAUUGUCAGUCUGGUGUGUCGAGUCAAAACGGUUGAGCCCUCGAAGGGACACUUGACUCCCAAGCAUCCAACAUGUGGAGGACUUGAGAAAUAUAUCUCAGCCCACUGCAAGAAUCCAGUUCCCUUAUCGAGCUGCCACGAUGCCCAUUGUUGUUGCCUCAGCCUGCAAAGGGCAUCCGUUGGCAGAGCAACGCCAAUCUCGUGCCCCGAAGUCGUAUAACGGGGCAAUCUUGCGCUCCCUACCGUUCGCCCAAUGUUUGCCGUGCGGACCGAUUGGGGUGCUUACGCGUGGGACACUCCGAGUUAAGAACAGCGCAUCAGGAGAUGCCGAAGCCCGUGUGCAGCACAAGGUGCUGGAUGGUGAUGUGCAAGCUGAGCAAGAUGUUCGUGAGUGGGCCGAUGUGCACCAUUACGAGGGCGAGUCCCACCAGUCCUGGUGGACAUCCACUCUGAAGUCUGUAGUCCUGGCUGGAGUCAUAUUGGCGGCCUCGCUGAUGGCGACACCCAUGGCUCAUGCAAGAAGGGGGAAGCGUGCAGCCGUGCCACAGGUGGCUCAGGAGAGCAGCAGUCAGAGGAUGCGGAGCACGGCCGAGAGCAUGGGCUGGCAAGCCAGGCACAAGGUGCUGGUGCCCGCUGCAUCCUCGCUGAGGGCCACAGGCCGCAGCAUCCAGGAUGCGGCGGUGAAGGCAGCCACAGCGACUGACAACCGCGUCGUCAAGCCUGUCGUCCACCAAGCGCAGUCAGCCGCCGCAGACACCCGGCACUUCUUCACCCAUCUGGGAGAUCACCAUCACAGCGGACAGCAGAGCAAGAAUGGGCGAUCGGGCCGCAAUGCGCCAGGCCCUGCCACGCAGGCUGGCUUCACUAUUGAGGACCACCUGCGCGACAGCAUGCAUUCGCCCGCUGUGCGCAUGGUUGUGACCAUUGGGGCGGUUUCCGUGCUGCUGCUGAUCCUGCGCACCUCCAUGGAGGACACCAAGAAAUUCAGCCCCAUGGACUCGGACGACUGGAUGGACAGGGAGGAUGACGAUGCCGAGCCGGGGGAGGGCGGCAGGGGGGACCUCAAGUACCCCCGGGCCGGAGCGGCUUUCUCCGGGGCGGCGGCCGAGGACGCGGCGGUGCUGGCCGCGCGUGCAAGUGCCAUCGUGGACAAGGGCGUCACAGCGCAGAAGGGCCGGCCCACCGCCGGCCGCAGCGCUGCUGCCGACAAUGGCUCCAAGCCUCUCGAGAUCAUUGCUCCCGUGCCAGCGAGUGGUUUCGGCACUAAGGCGUCAGGGAGCAAUGCAAAGCUCAAGGCGCAGCUGGAAGAGGUGAGGCGCACCGUGGCCGACGCAAAGGCGCAAGCGGCUGUGGAGAAGGGCAAGAUCGCGGAGCAGAAGCAGCUGCCAGUCUUCAAGGCGGCAGAGCUGUCGGGCACCCCGGCAGAGUACCAGAAGAAGUCCAGCACUUACCAGAGCGAGGUCCAGAAGGCCCUCCAGAGGGCCGUUGGAAGGACGGCCCCCAAGGAAGCCCCUAAACAGGCCCAGCCAAUCUUCCGCUACGAGACCUCUGACGGCUCGCCAGUGGGCACAAGUCCAGCCAAGCGUCAGACCACCACCGUCACAGAGCCGUUUGGCGCCAAGGCGAAGAGGCAGGCCGCGGAGUCUGAGGAGUAUCUGCGCUCCCGCGGCGGCGGCGCGCCCCUCGUGCUGGCCCUGGGCUUCCUCUCCGUCGCUGCAUCCGCCUUGUCGCCCCUCGUCAUGAGCAAGAAUGAGCGGCAGCAGCGGGCGCGAGCGGCGCAGCAGCGGCGGCAGAGGUGGCGCGAUCAGGCGGAUGCGGAGGCUGAGCUGGACUGGGAGAGGUACGGCAAGUACGACAUGCUGCACGAGCUGCUGCAGACCGCAUCCUCCGACCCAGCCCUGCAGGCGCCGAGCUACACCCCAGUACGGGCGCUGGUGGACGCGGUGCCGAAGAAGGGAGCGCCGCGGUACGACUUCCUGCGCCAGCUGCUCAAGGGCAUGACGUCACCCAGCCCCGCCGCCGCCAAAUUUGACCCCGUCUGGGAUCUGCUGCACGCCGCCAAGGAGCAGGGCCUGCCAGAGACGUCAGCGGUGCGCUACGAUCCGAUCUACAGUUUCCUGAACCGUGCGGCCGCGGCGGCGGAUUGGGGCCUGCCCGAGGAGGGCCCAGUUGCCUCGCUGCUGAACGUUGAUUGCGCUGACUGGGAGCCGCCGCGCUACUGCCCCGUGACAGAAGUACUCAAGUCGGCCAGGGCCGGCGGCGCCGCUCCGUGGCACAACAAUGCGCGGCCCAAAUGGGACCCCAUCACCGGCCUUGUCUCCCUGGAGGUGCCGCAGGGCGCCAGCAAGUACGACCCUCUGAAGCGGGCCGUUGCUGCCGAGGCGCCGGCCGGGCGGCCCCAUGUCGACCCCCUGGGCAGCCUCCUGGACUUCUUCAAGCAAAAGGCUGGCACUGCCGACACCCAGGGCGCUGGAGCAGCCACACCAGCAAUCCCCACGGGCCAGAGGAACCCUCUGCUGGAUGCGGUGGCAGAGCAGCACGCAAUCCCAGCAGCCGCCAAGACAGAUCAGCCCGCAGCUAUCCCCACAGGGCAGAGCAACCCCUUACUUGCGGCUGUGGCUGAGCAGCAUGCACUCCCAGCCGACACCAAACAAGAUCUGGCUACUCCCCCAGCAGCGCAAGAAAGCGGCUCCGUGGUCAGCCGGCUGACAGAGGCGGACUUGCAGGAGCGCACGCACGAAGCAGCACAGCCCGCAGGCGUCCAGAGCGGCUGGCUCACUGCCUGGUUCAGGAAGGGCGCUGCUGCACAGGCGCCUGCAGACGGCGGCGAGGCCGCGCAGCCGAGCGCCGGCGCCAGCUUUGUCAGCAGGCUCGGCCACAGCCUAACCACCAGCUUCGGCCGGGGUCAGGGCUCCAAUGCCCCGGCCACAAAGCCCUUGGCUGCGGAGCGGACGCAGCCGCUGGCGGACGCGCUGAGGAAUGCGCCGGCGGCGACGGCGCGCGCAAGGGAGGGAACAUACGACCCGCUGCCGGACCUUCUGCGGCUGGAGCGCGGCACCGGGACGCCUGUCAUGGCGACCCGCGACGUCCCCGGACGCAUCGGCAUAAUGCUGCGCCGCGACGCCGACUUCGACCGCAUCGUUGCCGCCUUUAGGGAGCUGGCGGAGGAUGGGCAGCUCAGCCAGAAAUUCCGGCCGCUGUACGUACUCAUGCGCAGCGCAGCCGCCAAGCCUGCCCCUGCGGCCGCAGCUGACCGCGGCCAGAGCAUUUUGGAGGGCUUGGACAAGGGGGCAGUGGCGGAGGCGAAGGCCUCGGCAAAGGCUCUGCUGGAGUACCUGGACCUGCCCAAGUACGCGCCCCUGCAGCGCCUGCUCAGCGGCCGGCGCAGCGCGGACGUUGUGGAGACGGCCUGCGCGCUGGCAGCCAUUGUGCAGCCCUUUGAAAACGCUGCUGCCCUCGCGGCCUGA